AUGUCUACCGCCCUCGCCGGAGCAGAGUUGGGUCUUAAGGCUCGCUCACCUAGGACACCUACUCAGGGCUCUUUCACCCUCGACGUUUCCCUCUACCCUCUGCCAUUGUCGAGGCCCAACACGCCUCGAUCAGUUUCACCCUCCAUCAUCCUGACUGGUGCAGAUGAUGUCGAACGAAUCCCCAGGAUAGACAGGACACCUCGAACGACCAGCGCUCAGAGCAGUCCGAGACCUUCAUUCGACAGGAGAAGUCUGGACAUUCCGAACAUCCCGACUCAAUCAUACACAUACACCUCCCGUUCAGUCUCAGCGUCCAUCCCUCGACCCGUGAUGCGUGUCAUGUCUUUUGGGUUCCUUCUCAUCUGCUGCAUCUGCCUUCUUGCCAACACUCCAGGCGCUCAACUGCCCUCUCUCCGGGCCGCCUCUAUCUCUAGACGUCUGGCAUUCGCCACGAACGGUAAAGCCGUGUAUGACGCUGUUCACCCAAUCACGAGCUGGGAACAAGCAAGAGAACGAGAUUACGUGCCACCCCAGAUCAAGUCUCACAUCAUGAUGAAGAGAUCCACGGGCAAUGCCGAAUCUAUCGUCGUUCGUCAACCGGGCCGAACAGUAGCGGGUCAUCCCAAGGCCGAUCGACCAAAAUCGAAGCCUCAAUCCUUGCCCCCAUCCCACGAGCUCUUGGCCCUGCAGUCAUACCUCCUUCAAGCGGAUAACAACCGACUCCCGGAAUCUAUUGACCCUCUCAAGCCCCUCGAGGCUCACGUGGUCCUCGGAGCGGGCGCUGAUGAUCAAACGCUCAAGGAGCUAGAAAGAGAAGGAGAGGAUGAAGUGGUCAUCUGGUACGGGACUGAUGGUAUCGGGAAGAAACCCCACGAGCACCUUGCCUUGCUCUCUGCUCUUCACGGAUCAGAACGUCAACCCACUUUGAUCCCUGUGCAUGGCCGAUCCGACUACUUUGUCCUGAUGCAGAUUCUCAACCGACUCGACCUUGCCAUGGACAGAGGUCUCGUCCUCGUCGUCAUUGGCAAUAAACCAUUCGUCGCGAAUGUCAACAAGAUGGAGGAGAUGCGAGGCAGUGGUCAGCUCGAGAAGAUGCUUGACUCUAUCGGCUGGAUCCGGCACCUGGAUGCAGAAGCUGAAGAGGCGGAGAAGCGGAAGCGAUCGUGGAAACCAAAAUUCAACAAGUGGGAGAAGAAGGAGGCGACAACAGAGCUGGAGAUGGUGAUCAAUCUCGCUCGAGAGGAAUGA